GUGGCGCUCAGAACGUGCAGGUGGCGCUCAGAACGUGCAGGUGGCGCUCAGAACGUGCACGCGCACUGCGAGUGGGCAGGGUUUGUGUUCGAGCGGCUGAAACGUCUGACCGGUUUGGAACGUCGUGAACUUUGAAGCUGAUCGAAACCCACGAAAGAAAAAGUCGGACGUUAACAAGCAUGGCCACCGAUUUCACACAGGAGUCGGUGCUGCGCUUUCUCUUGCGCAACGGAGGAAAGGUACGGAACGGGGAUCUGCUGACACACUUUAAAGAGUUUUUGCGAGAGCACGAGGACCGACUGCGGAACCGAGAGCUGUUUAAAAGGUAUGUCAACGCCGUGGCCACGGUGAAGCAGGAGGAUGGAGUGUCUUAUGUCGUGUUAAGGAAACAGUACCGACCUCAUCUCGGAGACGUCUCCACCAGGGCGGACUCGUUAGGAACUGAUAAGAAACAGAAAGCAGCUGGAAGCAGUAAAGUAGAAGUUUGUGCUACUAAACCUAAUCACUGUGAGGAUCCUAAUCAGAAAACUCAGCUCUCACAAGUUCGUAACAAGGACCAAAUCUUGCCAGUUGCAGGGAUUGUAAACAAUAGUGGGAAUCAUAUUGAGAGUGUUCAUUUGGAGGAUUUUCAAACCUCAUCACAUCAACCAUGGGAACAAAGGGUGUCCUCAGUCCCCAGCAAAGACAAAAUUAUAAAUACAUGUACUUUGGGCAUGUCUUCAUUUACUAUGGACUCAAAACGCUCAAGUGGGAGCAGCCAGAGCUUUGAUAAGCCUUCAGAGGUAAAAGGAAUAUUAGAGAAGGCGAAUUCUAAACACAAUGGUGUUCAUGGUGCCAAACCUGAACAAUUGCGAGAAGCAGAUGGCUGCAACCAGAAGUCCCUUGUUCCUCCUCCAGAUUAUACACACUGUGAGGUGAGGGUGACCCCUCCGUCUAAGGACACUAGAUACAAACACACCCUGCCUAGCACUUUCCAGUCAUUUGACAAGAAUCCGUCCAGUGCUUGGCCUUUUCCCAUCCCUCUCAGGCAGUCACAGAUUUCGUCUUCCAGUCCAUGUUUAGUUGAUGUCCCUAGUAUUGUUAACUCCUUUGAUACUUCUAGACAAGAUGGCCUCAGCCAGAGCAAUGAAUGUCUGCUCAGGCCAGAUUGUUACGGACAGGCCAAAAGUAUUUGCAUCCGUGAACCAGAGGACUAUGGAGCAACAGCAGCAGCUCCAGUCAGUCCUACUAACCAGAGGAACAGUCUUCCUUUGGAAACACCCCACCCACUUGUGGCUUACAGCUACCCGAAGCCCAAAUUCCUUCAAGGCCUGUCCUCCAGCCAAAAUAACCUCCUCCAGCCUUCUUCAAUUAACUCUAACUGGCAUCAAGAGUAUCAGGACAACUGGCCCAGUGAUGAUGCACUAAAUUAUCAUGGUGUAGGUUUAUCAGAAGGUGGGGAGCAGACUCAGUCUGGAACCCAUCGUUUCCAUGAGGUCAGGCUGCUUUCACAACUACGUUGCCAAGAACGCCAACUCACACCCUGGCACCAUUCAACUGGAAACCUUCUUGAUGAGAAACCCCAAGCAUCUCUUCCAAGUUCAGCACCCGAUGAGAGCACCUGCAACAGACCCGUUGCCCGGCGGCUCUCUCACCGACUGCGAAGCAGAAUGUGUCGAAGUCUGGGAGCAGAUCUGGACCAGGCCUUCAGGGAGGAUGGUGACAAAGCCCGACUCAAACGACUGCAACGGAUUACCUCUUUUCUUAAUGUCUCCUCCAGCCAAACCCACAGCCCCCUGGACAGUGUCUCCCCUGCCAGCUCUGUUCGCAGUCUGGGACAAGAGCCAUCAUCUUUUGGUCACAGAAACACCCAGGUUCCCUUGGAGCCCCAAGAGCAUGAGUGGUUUGUGAAAGCAGCUACAGGACUCUGGACUGAUGUUUACUCGCUUUUCAGAGAGGAUCCAAAUCUGCUGGCCAAACGAGACUUCGUGUCAGGAUAUACUGUACUGCACUGGAUAGCAAAGCAUGGAGACCAUCGGGUGUUGAACACUCUGUGGUAUGGUGUACACAAAGCAGGGAUGACGCUGGAUGUGGAUGCCAGGAGCACCUGCGGCUACACACCACUGCACCUGGCUGCUAUUCACGGCCACAAAAAUCUGCUGCGGCUCCUAGUGCUCAAAUUCAAGGCUAAUGUGGCUCUCAGGGACAACAAUGGUAAGAGGCCAUGGCAGUACUUGGAAAAAAACAGUGACCAAGAUCUGCUGGAGAUUCUUGGUGCUCCCCAGGCGAUGAUUGGGAGCAGUGCAGGGGUACAGUGGUCCUUAGAUAGACCCCCAGUGGCACCUGUCAACAGAUCAGCGGCUACAGUGAAGAGACACGCGUCACUCGCUGCUCUGUUCAAACACAAAUCCCAACUUAGAGUUUCUGCCAGUGCAGAUUCGCUCUAAUAGAAACACGGUCUCAGGCUUCAGUCUGUGUUCAGAAACUGUAACACUAGGCAAUUUAGUAUUUUCCCUGACCUUAUACAGCUGAUUAAAUUCACAGUGGGUUUUAUAGCAGGGUGUUGAGUCUGAUUCUGCAAUAUGUUUGUUUCUUAGGACUACAUUGGAGUCUAACCUAGCAGGGUGGAGGCUUUAAAUACUUUCAUUUUUGAUUUCAUGAUGAAAAUACAUGCACAUUCUUCCUUUAGCUGAAAGCAUAAAUGUAAACUUUAAGCAGUUCACUUAUUGUAACUUUAGCAUGCAGUAUUUAAAGUCUCACUUUGUAAGAAGGUUGUUGGUUUAUCCUACACAAUAUAUUAAAAUAUUUUUGGUGCUUUAAAA